UUUGGUUUGCUUGUGCUGUCGAAGUCGAUACUAGCGCCUUUCAGCAACCAAGAGUUUCAUUUUCGUUGGUUUGCACGGUUUGCUUGUUGCUUGCCUUUUUGAGGCUUUGGCGUGGGUUGUGGAUUUCUGUUUCUUGUCAAUUUGUGAUAUUUUCAACAAAUAUGCGUAAACGAAAAUCGGUAAAGAAGACUGACGAUGAUUCUGACGGCUCUGAACCGGGCGGUGAACCAGAAGAAUUUCAAGACUCGGGCGAAGAUUGGACGCCGGAUGCCGAUCCUACUGAACAACCUGGAAGAGGACCUCGUAAACGAACAUCCAAGGUGUCUCUGAACAACACCAAAAAGAAACGUAAGAAUUCUUCAUCAGAGGAAAGUGAAGGUGAAGGUGAGGAGGAUGAGGAAGCAGAAGAUGAGGAGGGAGAACUAGACGAAGAGGAAGGCUCGGAUGAUGAGAAAAAUGGUUCUGAUGGAAACAAGUCUGACUCAAGUCAGUCUAAAGAUGUACCAAAGCAUUUCCAUUCUGGAAACUUUGUAUUGCUAAAAUCUGACGUCAAAUGGAAUGGAGAUACUGUCACUUCAAAAUUGGAUGAACUAAAUCUGUGGAAAAUAGAUGGAAAGGCACUUUUGCAAAAAUUUAUUCCAAUGGAAUCAAAUGGGAAAAUUUUGCAUAAGUGUACAUGUGUGUACUCUGGAUGGAAUGUGGACAACAGAGAUAACUAUUACCCUAUCACUGAAAUACUGGAUCGGAAUCCUCGAACUGAAUCCAAGGAAAUAUGUGUAGCAUUAGAUCUUAAUGAUCUUAUCAAAGUAAGAGACAAGUAAAUCCAUGGUGUUUUUUACUUAAUUCAAUUAGAUAAGUGAAAGUAAAUUUAUUAAUAUUUCCUUAAUUCUUGAUUACUUUGAGUAAUUUUAACUUCAUUCCAGAUUACUUUGUGUAAUAUUUUAUAAGCUGGGGAUUAAAUGUUCAAUUCUACAAUAGUUUUAA